AUGAAAAUAUAAAGAGUUUAUAAAUUAGAAGAAUGUGUUUAUUAAAUGGAUGGUAAUCUACCUAGUAUUUAAUAGAUUUAAUCAAUAAAGUAGAAUAAAAUUAAAGAUUGUGUCACCUAAGAUGGUCAAGAAGCAUACAAUAUAACUAAGAAGAAAUUUAUAAGAUUAUGAAUUCUAGAUUGAAUAUUUAAUUUUAAUUAAUUAAGAAUAAGAUUAAGAGAUUUAAAAAUUUAUAAUUUAUUAUAGAAUCAUGA